CGGGGCUGCCGACUGAGUUCGCCCCGCGGGAGCUGCGAGUCGGAGCCCGGGGCUUUGCCGGGCCGUCUCCGGAGAUUUCCCAUAUGUUAGCUGCCUCUCCGGAUCUUGUAACGGCUGGGAUUGGGAAAGGCUGAAGUCAGGAGCUUGGCCUCAGUCCCGGUCUCCCAGGUGAGUGGGCCAUCAGCUGCUGCCUCCAGGGGUCUACAUGCAGGUCUCGCGAGAGUGGCAGGAACGCAGUGAUUGGACCAUUACCUGCUGCUUCCCACGUCUAGUUUAGCAGAAAGCUGGAAUUGGAAUCAGAGUCAGACCUCCAAUCUAGGUACUCUACUGGGGGGUGAAAGCGUCAUUAGUAGGGACUUCGCUGCUGAACCAAAUGUGCACCCCUCUUAUUUUUAUGUUUAGAAGACCAAAUAGUGAGAAAGCAGCUUUUGGAAAAAAGUUAAAUCUGGAUCCUAUAGCAUUGAAGAAAGAGUUGUAGGCCAUAUUCCUCUCCAUAGCCCAGAGUUGCCUGUAAUCACCCAGUUGUGCGUGCGUGGGAUGAAAGACCACAGGGAAGAGGGGUGAGAUGGAGUUUGCAGACCGGAGCCUCAGCUCUCCCUGUCGCUUCCUUCAGCCCUGGCGUCACAGACACUGCUGCCUCCAGGAGAGCGCCCAGGGCCAGCUGACUGUUGAGCUGGUGAGAACCAUGCCUCAGGACUUGUUGACCUUCAAGGAUGUGGCAGUUUGCUUUUCCCGGGAGGAAUGGGAGUGGCUGAACGCGGCUCAGAGGCGCCUGUACAGCAGUGUGAUGGUGGAGAACUACCAGAACCUGCUGUCGUUGGGAGUUUGUAUUUCUAAGCCGCGUGUGAUCUCCUUGCUGGAGCAAGGGAAGGAGCCUUGGAAGAGGAAGAGUGAGAUGACAGGAAGCUCCUUGCCAGAUGGAGAGUCUAUACGUGAGACCCAGGAAUCGUCUCUGAAACAGUUUAAAUGUGAUGACGUGUUAAUGGAGGGAAUGACAAGCCUUGGAUUUGCAUGCUCCAGUCGUGGAAGAAAUCAGAAAUGUGAAGGUCCUUUUGAAAGGCGGAUGGCAAAGCAACAGACAUUCAGCAGGCAAGAAAUAGUCACUCAGAAAGAAACCCUCCCCGUGGAAACAGUCCAUAAAUACACCACAUCUCGAAAGUUUGUCCAUAUGGACAUCGCAGAAGAGAGUGUUUAUAAUCACAAGUCAAACAGAAGAAGCUUUUCUAAAAACCCCAAAGUACUAAAAUACAAGAAAGUAUAUGCUGGGAAGAAUCUUUUUAAAUGUACUGAAUGUGAGAAAACCUUCACCCAUAGCUCAUCUGUUACCGUUCACCAGCGAAUUCAUACUGGCGAAAAGCCAUAUAAAUGCAAGGAAUGCGGAAAAGCUUUCAAACAAAGUCACCACCUGGCUCAGCAUCGUAGAACACACACUGGAGAGAAGCUGUUUAAAUGUCAGGAGUGUGAGAAGGCCUUCAGGCAGCCAGCACACCUUGCUCAGCAUCAGAAGAUUCACACGCAAGAGAAACCCUAUGAGUGUCAGGAAUGUGGGAAGGCUUUCAGGCACAGUUCAGCUUUUGCUCAGCACCAGAGAUGUCACAGUGGCAAGCUUCCCUACGAAUGCAGUGAGUGUGGGAAAGCCUUCAGGUACAACAUGCCCCUUAUCUCUCAUAUUCGGCGCUUCCAUACCGGAGAGAAACCUUUUGAUUGCAUUGAUUGUGGGAAAGCUUUCAAAUGCAACGUGUGUGGCAAAUCCUCCCGCAGUGGUUUUUCCAUGACUGUGCAUCAGAGGAUUCACACAGGAGAGAAACCCUAUGAUUGUGAUGUUUGUGGGAAAGCCUUCAGCCACCGCAUGUCACUCAUUGGUCAUCAGAGAGUACAUUCUGGUGAGAAACCGUAUGAAUGUAAGGUAUGUGGGAAAGCCUUUAGGCAAAGUACACACCUGGCUAUUCAUUUGAGAAUUCACACUGGCGAAAAACCCUAUGAGUGCAAGGAAUGUGGGAAAGCAUUCAGAGACAGUUCUCAGCUGGCUGCGCAUCAGAGGAUCCACACUGGAGAGAAGCCGUAUGAGUGUAAGCAGUGUGGGAAGGCCUUCAGACAGAGGGCAUAUCUGGUAAACCAUGAGAAGAUUCACACAGGAGAGAAGCCCUAUGAGUGUGAGCAGUGCGGGAAGGCCUUCAGCCACACUGCGAGUCUCAUACGCCACAAGAGAAUUCACACUGGGGAGAAGCCCUAUAAAUGUGCUGAAUGUGGAAAGGCUUUUGCCGACACAUCCACUCGCGCUCAGCACCAAAGGCUUCAUACUGGUGAGAAGCCCUACGUAUGUGUUAAGUGUGGAAAGGCGUUCAGAACAAAUACACAUCUUAAUUGUCACCAAAGGUGUCAUACUAGAAAGAAACCCUGAACAUAAUGCUCAUGGCAAAGUGGUUAACCGUCGUCAGUCCUUUACUGAAAAACCAUGUGAAUGUUACGAGCGUCAUGAACCACAUGGACCCUUGACGUGGAAGAUUUUCAUAUCAGAGAGAGCUUAAUGUGAAGGAUGUGGAAAUAUCUUUGGAAAAGAGUG